AAAUAUUCGAAGACAGAUUUGAGAUUUAUACAUAUUUUGCUCUAUCUCAGUCUCUCUCUCUCUCGUGCUUUUCAUGUUCACUCACUCUCUUCUGCUGCUACAAACAAACCGACGACAAAAUCUUUGCGCUGGCAUAAGAUUCCCCCUCUCCCUGUCCUUUUUUUUCUUUUCUUUUCCUUUCCCUUUCCUCCCCUUUUCCCUUAUCUUCUUCUUCUAUUGCUACUUCUACAAACCCUAAUCACCUACUCCUACUGUCACAAUCAAAGUCAUCUUCACUCAUGCCCCUCUCUCUCUUCCCAGCCGUAAAUUACCUUGCUCUUCUGUUUUUUGUUGUUGGGCUUUCAUUUUAUACUUUCCACUGAGGUUUUCAGUUUUUAUUAAUAAUAAAAUAUUUUGGAUGGGGUGCUCCAGCUCCAAGGUGGACGAUCUCCCUGCGGUGGCUCUCUGCCGGGAGCGGCUUACCUACCUGGACGAGGCAAUCCACCUGCGCUACGCUCUGGCCGAAGCCCACCUUGCUUACAUUCUCUCCCUCAAACGAAUCGGCCACUCCCUCCACAGAUUCAUCCAGCAAGAUUUAACCAAUUCCUCCACUUCACCACAUUCCCCCGAGCUCAACCUCCCGCCUCACAAAAAGGGCGACCCUCUUCCUCUUCAUCACGAAGACUCGGGUCACCUAGAUUUCAACUCCGGCUCGGAUUCAGAAGACAACGAUCUGGGCUCGCUCCACCACCGUUCGGGGGACUCGUCGCCUUUUCACCAACAUGGUCAUAUGGAAUACAUGGAUACGGAUCAAAUAGAAGGAGGAGGAGGACAGCUAGGUUCGUAUCAGUUUCAAGGUUUAUUUCCAGGUGGUGGUAGCGGUGCCGGCGGCGUGUUUAUGCACAUGAAUUAUAUGCAGAAUAAACCGACGCCGCCUUCGGUGGUGUACCAGCAGAGGCCGGUUGAUUCAGGGACGGUGCACAUGGGUGAAUCUUCUUCUGCUUAUUCUGGUUAUCCGCCUUUUCCUUAUUAUGGAAACAGUAAUCCUAGUUCUAGUGCGUAUGCGCAUUAUGGGUCUGCUUCGCCCCCCAAUUCCAAUUAUAAUAAUUAUGGUGGUGGUUACUAUGCUAACUCGCUAAAUGAAGCGGAUACAUCUUCGAAAAAGCCACCACCCCCUCCACCCUCGCCGCCGAAAUCUUCGGCAUGGGAUUUCUUUAACCCGUUCGAGAGUUACGACAAAUACUAUGCGGCCUACACGCCGAGCAAUGACUCGAAGGAGCUGAGGGAGGAGGAGGGGAUUCCUGACUUGGAGGACGAGGAUUACCAGCACGAGGUGGUGAAGGAAGUUCACGGGGAUCAGAAGUUUGUAGCUGAUGCGGGUAGAAGUGGUGGUGGUGGGAGUGGGAAGCAUUCCAAGGCCGUGGUGGACGACACUGAUGCCUCGACGUUGCUAUACGAGACGAGACCGAGUGCUGCAAUGGAAAAUGAUGCAAGGGAGUAUGACGUUCAUGUGAUGGAGGAAAAAGUUGCUGGUGACGAGGAGAGAUCCGAGGAGACUAGGGCCAGGUUUAAGGGUCCUCUGAGUGUGGUUCAAGUGGCAAAGGAAAUCGAGAUUCAGUUUGAGAGAGCUUCCGAAUCGGGGAAUGAGAUUGCGAAAAUGCUUGAGGUGGGAAAGCUUCCUCAUAACCGUAAACAUAGUGUUUAUCAAGUUUCUUCCAAGAAGUUGCACGCGGUUACUCCUUCAAUGUCCAUGGUAUCCUCACAGCCUCCUACUUCUAAGGGUGCCGACUCGUCAGCCGGUACUGACAAGGGUGGUCCAGCUCAGUGGGACAUGGAUGAAGAUGUCGUGGGGCUGAGAUCUAGAAAAAUUUCGUCUACUUUGCAAAAGCUGUAUCUUUGGGAAAAAAAACUCUAUAACGAAGUUAAGGCUGAGGAAAAGAUGCGGGUGAUCUAUGAUAGGAAAGUAGAUAAGCUGAAGCGCUUAGAUGAAAGGGGCGCUGAGGCUCACAAGGUUGAUACAACUCGUACUUUAAUAAGGGAUCUGUCUGCAAAAAUAAGAAUGGCAAUUCAGGUUGUUGAUAAGAUAUCUGUGACAAUUAGUAAGAUUAGGGAUGAAGAGCUGUGGCCACAACUAAAUGAAUUAAUUCAAGGGCUAACCAGAAUGUGGAAAAGUAUGCUUGAAUGCCAUCGUAGUCAGUGCCAAGCAAUCAGGGAAGCUAAAGGUUUAGGUCCGAUUGGAUCAGGCAAGAAGCUUGGUGAUGGUAAUACUAGUGCCACUUUGGAGUUUGGGCAUGAGCUUUUUCGGUGGACUGUCACUUUCUCUAGUUGGAUAAGUGCCCAGAAGGGAUAUGUGAGAGCCUUGAAUAAUUGGCUUCUGAAAUGUCUUCUGUAUGAACCUGAGGAAACAGUCGAUGGGGUAGCUCCUUUCUCACCCAGUAGGAUUGGUGCACCGCCUGUUUUUGUAAUCUGUAAUCAGUGGUCACAAGCUCUGGAGAGAAUAUCUGAGAAGGAAGUGGUGGACUCUUUGCGUGUUUUUAGAAUGAGUGUGAUUCAGAUCUGGGAACAAGAUAAGCUAGAAAUGCGCCGAAGGAUGAUGGCUAACAAGGACCCGGAGAGGAAAGUUAAGAAUUUGGAUAGAGAGGACCAAAAGAUACAGAAGGAGAUCCAGACAUUUGACAAGAAAAUGAUUCUGGUCUCUGGGGAUGGUAACGGUCUCUCAGUUGGAGAGAUUGUCUAUCAGAGUGACACUCACAAUAGUAGUCUGCAGGCAAGUCUGCAGAAAAUUUUUGAGGCCAUGGAGAGAUUCACAGCUAACUCCAUGGGAGCUUAUGAGGAACUUUUGCAACGUUGUGAAGAACAAAGGGAUCGCCAAGAUCGUGAAAGAGUUUCACAGGGCUGAGUAUUUAACAGAAGCGUUGAUGUUUUUGCAUUGUUAUGUUGGUUUAAUAUCUGCAGCUACAGCCCUUUCAUAGAAUCUUUUGAAGCUCAGGAUCUUUUGGGGAAGUUUAUGACAUGGAGUUUGAACAUGUUCCUUCUAUUAUCUUUGGAUAUCAUUUACUUCAUCUGUCGUGGCCCAUAAUGGACUGCUUUGGUUGGCUGUUCAUGUCACUUAGAGAAAGCCUUGAUUAAAGAAUAUUUGGUAAGGCAAUCCAUAUUUUUGUCCCCAGAUCAGGGAGGUAUUGCAUUGCCAACUCUUCUGGGUUCUAUACCAGUUGUUCUAAAUCAUAAUCGGCAGACCACUGCAAUUGGUUGAUACUUCACCAGUCCAAUUAUACAAGGCAAGUUUGUGCUGAUUAGGAAACUGACUUGGGCGACUGCAGUUGUUUGAUGACACAAUACAUACUUCAAUCGUAAAGCGAGUGCGAUGCCCGCCCCGCCAAAUCCGUGUUUGCUCAUAGGACUUUUUUAAUGAGCUAUUCUCACUGCAUUAUGUACAGAAACAAGCAGUGGAAUUGGGUAUUUCAUCUGGACGUAUGAGCAAUGUCCCAUCCUGUUAGCUUCUGUUGGAAAGGUAAAGAUUGCUCAAGCAAGGGAAUCUCCUCUCCCUCCAGUUUUGAAAGAGGAAUUAAGUUUUUUAAGCAAUAGGGAACCUGGAUGUUUAGGGUGACGCAAGUCACGGAUAAACCCAUGCAAAGUUGUUCAAUUAAGUUAAGUUUUCCGCUAGAAGUAAAUUGUAUUCAUGUAUAGAUGACUUCUGAAACCGAGAGCAGUACCUUUAAUAAAGAGCUGUAUUGGAAUUUA